AUGGUGGCGCGGGACAAGUCGGGGCUGCAAUCCGCGGACGAGGCGAACGCGACGUUGAAUGCUUCUUUUGAGCUCAAGGCAACCUUGCACACGUGCCGCCGCCUGUUCCUCGCCGUCGUCGUACGCGCUCGACACGGAUCGAGUGGCGCCGUGCGUGCCGCCACGGACAAGCUCGACGUGACCGAAGCGGCAUUGGACGUGAUGCUUUCGGUCAAGCGGACGCCGGCGUCGAGCUGUACUGCGACGUAUGGAAUUGCUGACGUCGCGAUCGUCGCGAGAACGUGCCGCGCUUGCGUAGUAGCGCCGUGUACCGCGGACGUUGCAUGGAUCGCGUCCGUGCCAACACAGUUCAAUUGCGGCAAGACACUGCCGUCAACGUACGCCAGGUACACCGAGCUCCCCGCGCUGACGCCAGAAGUCGAUGGAGCUGUUGGUCAGAAUACACUCCAGCGGGAAUACCGUCGCCACAGCGUCUAG